CCGGGCAGAUCAAUGUUAUCGCUAUUUCCGAUUGUAGUGGCCAUGAGUUCGUAUGUGUGAAACGUAAACAAUUCGGUAUUUCUUAAUUUAUACACAAAGCAAAGAUGUCGACGUUCAAGAAUGCAAAAAAAUCGCACCAAAAGACUCACAGGGAGAGGAAUCAGCCAAGUAGCAGGGCACAUCUAGGACUCUUGGAGAAGAAAAAAGACUACAAACUACGAGCUACAGAUUAUCAGAGAAAACAAGCCACGAUCAAAUCUUUAAAGAAGAAGGCUUUGGACAAAAAUCCAGAUGAAUUCUAUUUCAAAAUGGUCAACACAAGGUUAAAGGAAGGUGUGCACCAAAAUGAUGACUCUCCCCCAGCAUAUAGUGAAGAACAGUUGAAAUUAAUGCAAUCCCAAGAUCUAAAAUAUAUCAAUUACAAGCGAAGCACUGAAUUGAAGAAAAUAGAAAAGCUAAAAGGAAGUUUGCAUUUACUUGAAGGUGAAGAAAAACCAAAAAAUAAGCAUACAUUUUUUGUAGACUCAAAGAAAGAAGCAAAAUCGUUUGAUGUAGCCAAACGUUUCAACACUCACCCCAGUUUACUUGGGAGAACAUACAACCGCCCAACCUUGGACAUGUUGAAAACUCAAACAUAUCAGAGUGGUCUUGACCAAGAUACAGUUCAGGAAUUUGCAGAGGAACGAAAGAAAAAAUACAAGGAACUUUCCAAAAGGAUAGAAAGAGAAAGACACCUUCAUGUAAUAGCACAGAAGAUGGAAAUGAAGAAACUGUUAAUGGACAAAAAAGCCAGGAAAAAGAAGGUUGCUGAUGAGACAAAGGAAAUGGCUGCUGUGUACAAAUGGAUGCCACAGAGAAAGAGGUGACCACAAGGUGACAAGGAAGGCAUGGAAUCUGAAGCUUAUUAAAUUGUUUUUUUCCCUAAGAACAAUAAGUUUAAAGAAAAAAAAAACAACUGGACAGCUUGAAAUGUUUAUUACUAUUAAAGGGAAUGGACAGCAAUUGGGCCCAUGAUGUUGAGCUAAGCUGGAGAGUGAUUGGUUGGUUCAACAGUGGAAAAUGAAUGUAACUUAAUCAAUUAAAAAAAUUAUUUUGCACAAAAUGUGUUAUGACAACCCUUAUGCUGAUGACUGUAAACUGGCUACCCCCUCACAUCUCUGACACAAUGAGUCAUUUACCAAGGUAUUAUUUAUUAAUAAAUUAUUGCCUUAUACAGAGCAACAAAGAAAAA